GGGAGAAGGGAGGGCGUGAGAGCGAGUGAGACACAAGAAAAGCUUGCGCGCCACCGCCCUCCUCGGGAGAGAGGCAGGAGUGAGGCUGAGCAGAGAACCGCAUUUCAAUGAGGACCAGCCCCGGCGCAUCCGUGCACUAGCGGCUGCAACCCAGACGCCCGUGCUCCGCAGCCCCAGCCGCGCCCAGCCCGGCGAGGACAGCUACAGCAGCCGGCCACAGACAACCCAGCGGCCACCCGCGACCGGUUCCACACACAAAGCAGUCAUGUCGUUUGGCAGAGAUAUGGAGUUGGAGCAUUUUGAUGAACGGGACAAGGCGCAGAGGUACAGCAGGGGGUCCCGGGUGAACGGUCUGCCCAGUCCCACACACAGCGCCCACUGCAGCUUCUACCGCACGCGCACACUGCAGACGCUCAGCUCCGAGAAGAAAGCCAAGAAGGUUCGAUUCUACAGAAAUGGUGACCGCUACUUCAAAGGGAUUGUGUACGCCAUCUCUCCAGACCGCUUCCGAUCCUUCGAGGCCCUGCUGGCUGAUUUGACCCGAACUCUCUCGGAUAACGUGAAUUUGCCCCAGGGAGUGAGAACCAUCUACACCAUCGAUGGAGUCAAGAAGGUCUCCAGCCUGGACCAGCUGGUGGAAGGUGAAAGCUAUGUCUGCGGCUCCAUUGAGCCCUUUAAGAAGUUGGAAUACACCAAGAAUGUGAACCCCAACUGGUCCGUGAAUGUCAAGACCACCUCGGCUUCCCGGGCAGUGUCUUCGCUGGCCACUGCCAAGGGGGGACCCUCAGAGGUUCGGGAGAAUAAGGAUUUCAUUCGGCCCAAGCUGGUCACCAUCAUCAGAAGCGGAGUGAAGCCACGGAAGGCUGUCAGGAUCCUGCUGAACAAGAAGACGGCGCAUUCCUUCGAGCAGGUUCUCACUGACAUUACCGAUGCCAUCAAGCUGGACUCGGGCGUGGUGAAGCGCCUGUACACCCUGGAUGGGAAGCAGGUGAUGUGCCUUCAGGACUUUUUUGGUGACGAUGACAUUUUUAUUGCAUGUGGACCAGAGAAGUUCCGUUACCAGGAUGAUUUCUUGCUAGAUGAAAGUGAAUGUCGCGUGGUGAAAUCCACUUCAUACACCAAAAUAGCAUCGUCGUCCCGCAGAGGCACAACCAAGAGCCCAGGACCUUCCAGGCGAAGCAAGUCUCCGGCCUCCACCAGCUCAGUCAAUGGAACCCCUGGUAGUCAGCUCUCCACUCCACGCUCGGGCAAGUCACCAAGUCCAUCCCCCACCAGCCCAGGAAGCCUGCGGAAGCAGAGGAUCUCUCAGCAUGGCGGCUCCUCUACUUCACUUUCGUCCACAAAAGUUUGCAGCUCGAUGGAUGAGAAUGACGGCCCUGGGGAAGGUGAUACGCUCGAGAGAAAGCACAGCUUGCAGGGGGGAUGGAGGAAGGAAGAGUCCGAGGAAGGCUUCCAGAUUCCUGCCACAAUAACAGAGCGAUACAAAGUUGGGAGAACAAUAGGAGAUGGGAAUUUCGCUGUUGUCAAGGAAUGCGUAGAGAGGUCAACUGCUCGGGAGUAUGCCCUGAAAAUCAUCAAGAAAAGCAAAUGUCGAGGCAAAGAGCACAUGAUCCAGAACGAGGUGUCUAUCUUGAGGAGGGUGAAGCACCCCAACAUUGUCCUCUUGAUCGAAGAGAUGGAUGUGCCCACUGAGCUGUACCUUGUUAUGGAGUUAGUGAAGGGCGGAGACCUUUUCGAUGCCAUCACAUCCACUAGCAAAUACACAGAGCGAGAUGCCAGUGGGAUGCUGUACAACCUGGCCAGUGCCAUCAAAUACCUGCACAGCCUGAACAUCGUCCACCGUGACAUCAAGCCGGAGAACCUGCUGGUGUAUGAGCACCAGGAUGGCAGUAAGUCGCUCAAGUUGGGUGACUUUGGUCUGGCCACCAUUGUUGAUGGCCCCUUGUACACAGUCUGCGGCACCCCAACAUAUGUGGCUCCUGAAAUCAUUGCAGAGACUGGAUAUGGCCUCAAGGUGGACAUCUGGGCAGCCGGUGUGAUCACUUACAUCCUGCUGUGCGGUUUCCCUCCGUUCCGUGGGAGUGGUGAUGACCAAGAGGUGCUUUUUGACCAGAUCUUGAUGGGCCAAGUGGACUUCCCACCUCCGUACUGGGACAACGUGUCAGAUUCUGCUAAGGAACUCAUCAACAUGAUGCUGUUGGUUAACGUGGACCAGAGAUUUUCAGCCUUGCAGGUCCUUGAGCAUCCCUGGGUUAACGAUGACGGUCUCCCAGAAAAUGAGCAUCAGCUGUCAGUAGCUGGCAAGAUCAAGAAGCAUUUCAACACGGGCCCCAAGCCGAACAGCACGGCAGCCGGAGUUUCCGUCGUAGCACUGGACCACGGGUUUACCAUCAAGAGAUCAGGGUCUUUGGACUACUACCAGCAACCAGGAAUGUAUUGGAUAAGACCACCGCUCUUGAUAAGGAGAGGCAGGUUUUCCGACGAAGACGCAACCAGGAUGUGAGGAGCAGAUACAAGGCACAGCCAGCUCCACCAGAACUCAACUCGGAAUCAGAAGACUACUCUCCCAGCUCCUCUGAGACUGUUCGCUCCCCUAAUUCACCCUUUUAAUAAGACCCUUUUACUCCAAGCCCUAGCUUAACCCUUUUAAGACUCUGAGAUUUCCCCCUCCCCCAAACUUCUGUAAAACAGGUUCAUCUGAUCUAUCUAGCACUCAAUGUGUGAACGGCGGAACAGAAAGUAUGUUUUGGGUACCUUUGUAGCAAGCUCCCUUUACUGAAUGAGAAGGCAUGUGGUGUUUGUGACGAUGGUAAUUUGCUGCUAAUAGGGGUCCUUCAAGGGUUAAGGCUAAUUUGAAUUUUUUUUUUUAAAUAUAGAAGCAAUGAAUGUUUUCAUCAGUCGAGCUAGGAUCUGCAAUAGGUAACAGCACCUGUCAGCCCUCCGAGUGCACAGAAUUUUCUUUAGAAUCCUUGCUGGGUAAUUUUCCAGAACCUUGGGUAUAUUCACACACAUUUCUGGGUUUUGUUGCCGACCAAAGGGCGCCGUUAGGACCCUAAAAUAUCCACACACAAGAAGAGCAGGGAGGAUGAUCCAUCGUGGAUCCCUUCUCUGUGGAUUUGGAGCACGGCAGGUUUUAUAACGUCCGUAGAUGCACCCCUCAUUCCUCACCGUUUUACAAAGAAGGGACUCCCUUUCCUAAGUAGUAAGCUGGUUAGCUGCAGCGAGUUCUCUGCUUUGAUGGGAGGGAAUCAGGUUUGUGGCCGCCUCACCCAAGCGAUGGACGGUGUCUCCCUGUCUCCAUACAAAGAUGUGCAGAUGACGCCCCUGACAUGCUGCUUCCCCAUUAGCUGCUGCUAGUGCCAGGCAGACCCUCGGGGAACCACCUAGCCUUGGCUUGUGCUCGGUGAGUUGGGGUCUGUCUGCUCAGAAUCAGGAAAGAUCUAGAACUACUGGAGAAAAGAGCAAUAAAUUACCAGGUGCUCUACAGGGCUGGCAUUCCAACCAGCGAGAGGACGCAAGGUCCCGUGUUUCCUUCUUCUCAGCUGCUUUUACACGGGACCGUAGCCACCAGUGUGAAACCAACACAGAACUCGAAAGAUCUGGGGCGCGAGGGAGCAAGAGGCAGUGCUUUGCAAAGUGGCAGAUGAGAAAGAAAGUUCAGUGGGAACACAAUCCAAAAGGGUCUAAGGAUGGGUUUCAGAGAAAUAAGCCGGUCCUAUGAGUAGCUCUAGGCACCUGAAAGUCUCCCAGAAGACACUGGAGGCUGAAACUGCCUCUCCCACUCACGAUUUUCCUUACUGUAGCUUGGUCUCCAGUCAUCCAGGAGAGAUGUGUUGCUUUCGUGGUUUCGGGCCAGGGCCUGAUUGGGAUGCGUUUUCCACCCCUGCUACCCAGUCUGUCUCCCUAGACCUGAGUUUCUUUGGGAGCUGAUUGCAUCUCAGAAUAUGGGCUUGUUGUUUCCUGGUUUUUGUGUCCUUGAUCCAAAAGGAUUCAGGGGUGCCUGCGAGGCCGGACCCAACGCAAAUGUUGCUCUAGUGUUUUCUCAGCUUUAACCCAGGAAAGCACAGUGAUAGACUUCAGAAUGGCUACAAGCGGUCUUUACUUUCUCAUUCUUAAUUUGAAUGUGUUUUAGUGUCUUGAAAGUUACGAACAACCUUUUUAUUGUCAGGUCUUUAUCUUCGAACUCCACGCUGAUCUUCAACUACUGUAUUCAUACACAGUCUUUAUGUUCUAUGCAUGUAUGGACUUUUACAUGACAGAAUCCCACAUUUGCUGGUCUUCCACAUUUAAAUCAACAUCUACUUAGUUUUUUUUUUUGAGAGCCCAGAAAUGAUAGCACGUAAAAGUACAAAAUCGUAUAAAUCAGCAUAUUAUUUAAAUUGCAUGUUGGGAGUAGACAGAACACAGACCACCAGGAAGGGUGCUAGUUUGUAGACAGAGUUCAUAUUGGUGAAGGGCAUAGAACUGAUCAGAAAUCACUACCUUCUCUGGAACAGAAAGGCAAAGCACUCUUAUUCUAAGAUUAGCAAGCAAUGGCAUAGCUGAGCCUCAACUCCAUGUAUGAGACUACAAAAUACCCUAUGGCCAAUAACAGAUUGCUACCCUCUCUAAAUUCCUGCUUUCCCCCUGGUCAUUAACAUAGGGCCAUAGCAUCCAGUGCUACAGGUCCAUAGUGAGGGCUCUGGCUUUUGUCUAUCAUCAUUUCGAGGAACUCAAGAGGUUUCCUCAUAUGCUGCAGAAGGGCAGCUCAGAAGACUUCUGAGCCCAUUCGGAAGGAAGAUGGCAGCGCACCCCUCUAGAGUUUCGGUGAUCUACGCUGAAUAAACAGUGGGAUCUGACCUGUCAAGUAGAAAGAUAGAGCAGGCGGAUGGACUGCAGUAAUUCAGUUAUCUUUCCAGCAUUCAGCUACCAAGAUCUUAGACAUCAGAAGUGUAGCUCAGAGGGCGAACAGACAGACACACGUGAAUGACUCUGUGCGCCCAGAUUGCUUUGGCUUUAGCCAACACUACAUUCUCCCCCCCUCAACAUUCUCGGAAUAGUUCCAGUUUGAAAUGAUUAAGUGGUGGUGUUCUUUGAAUUUCCAUAACAAAAUCAACCCUAUUUUUCAUUUUGUGUAUCAUAGAACAGCUAUGUGCCACGAUGACUGUGUAUCUCUGUAAUUAUCCACUUAACCAUCACAAGUGUUUACAUAUUUUUGAGCAUUGAAUAUGACUCUUAUGGUGGUAGUCUGGUGAUGGGAAUUGCCCUUCCUUUACUAACUGGACCAGCCCUGUGGUAUUUAAAGGAAUCUUUCCAUUUGAGAACAGAGUAGUUGAACAACCCUUCUCUCCUUGCUUCCUGUAAGUCAAUUCUGUGGAUGAGACCCUCUCAUAUUAAUGAAUACAUUUACCCCUCCGCAUUGUAGCAGAAGCCGCUUUCUUCAUCAUGAUCAAUAAACGUGUGAUUUGUUCUGAACCAUUAGAAGGAAAAGUUAAGACCCUCGGUCCCUGGAAAUGUUCCGGCCAUCCCUUCAUCUGACGCACACGUGGUGUAUACAUAUUAACAUGAGCGGAGGAGGGAGUGGGGAGCAACAGAAUACACUUUGUGUCUUGCCUUCACUGAGAUUUCCUACAACCUGCUUAGCUCUCUUAUGACUGAUGGUUAACAGGUCUGUCAGAUACUGUUGAAAGAGCACAGUAGAUCGGUGAAUGAAGGGCUAAAAUUGCAAUCCUUUGCCCUCUGAGGCAUAUUUCAGUUGGAAAAAAAAAGAAAGAAAGAAAGAAAGAAAGAAAGAAAGAAAGGCUCAGAGGGUCACAAGGCUCCCGAAUUACCAGGAUGCGAGUGUGUUAAAUCACGGUUGUUUGCUGGCCAAAGGCAUCCGUUAGACAACUCUAUCCCCUGUGCCGAAGUGCAGUUGUGCUGAGGGAGAGCUUUCUUCACAUUAUUGUGUUGCCGCUGGCCCUUCUCUGGGUAAAGCCCUGUCAGCAUUUCCAAGAUAAACUCCUAUUCUGCAAGGUUUUUAAUUUGACCAUAAAAAUGUGCCUGAGGCUCAAGUCUGCUAUUCAGGGCCUGUCCUAAAGAGUGGGGGGCACAUCUCAGGCCUCUCAACUUCUUCCUGACUCUGGAGAAAAACUCAACAUCUGGUACGUUGCCCUCAUUGUGAUUCCAGAGUUUCAGGGCGCCCCAAGACCCAAGAUGGUAGUUGUAACAUAAUUACUUAUUGGACAUGCUUUUUAAAAAACUGAUCACUUAGCAUAUAUUAUAAGAUAUUUUCUAUUAUUUGUAAGUCUUUUAAAAUUACUGCUUGAUUUUUCUUUUUUUUAAGUCUUUCCUUUCUUUGUUUUUCCUUUUAUUUGUCAAAAGAUUUUUUUUUUAAAGAACUUGAAGUUGAUCAGCUCAAAGGUCCACUUUUUUCAUGAGCUGCCUGCCACUUCCAUUGGUAAUUUGGAAAAACAAAAACAAAAACCAAAAUACCUCUCUGACCCAACAGAGCUUUGGUUUGAAUGCUGCGUGGAGGGUUAGCCACACGCUUCUUUGGAAAUCUGGAUUUCCGAAUUUAGUCAUCAGAUUUCACGAAGCCACCCUUGUCUGUGGGGAGAGUAGCAGCUAACAGUGAAAGUGCCCCCACAAUUAACACUUUUGUCAACUCACAUUCGAAGCCAGCAUAAAAUACCACUUCCUACUCUCGUGUUUAAGGGCAAAUAAAUCAGGGAAACUUGAGGACAUAUGAAACAUUUGGUGGCUGCAGAAGUACUUCCCAAUUGAGCUCUACGGAGCUUUUACACAUGGAACAGUUAAGAACUGGGACCCCGGGAUGUCAGAUGGAAGCUUUGGCUCGUAUGUAAUUACAUACAGAUGGGGGAGGGGCUCUGGGCUCUCUCUUCUUUUUUAAUCAUCUCAAAUAUGCAGCCCACCAGCCAGUAGCAUUAAGGGUCAUAAACCAGUGGGAAACAGGAAAUCUAAGGUAGAGGUUUAGCAUGUCUCUGCUGAGGCCUUUUGGUUUGUUUGCUAUUGUUGCUGGCUCUAACAGGAGGCCUCUGUGGUCAUUUUUCGGGAAAUGAGCAUCUAACUGGCAGGUGUUGUGGUCAUGCGGUUUGCCCAUGGAGACAAAUGAGGGAUCCGGAUUCCCUGAUUCCCGUCAAGAAAAGGCUUUCUCUCUCAACUGUACCUGCACAUUUCCUCAAUAUUUUUUUUUUUGGUCAAUUAAACUGAGACCCUUAAUUUUACUUCAAUGUAAAGUUGUAUAUUUUUAACUGUGACAUACUUUAUUAAUUUAAAGUAAUUAGUGCUUAAGCCUUCAGAACUGUUGGUAUUAAGAGUAGGAUUUUAAGUGGUGUUAAACAUCCUAACAAGUUCGUUUCAAGUCAAUCAGCUGUAGUCAGGAAGAGACCUUGACUGGUUUUGGGGGGCAACUUCUCACUUGCCCUGAACACUAAAUCCUUGGUGUGUUCGAUGAAUAAAUAAAAAGAGAUUGAAACUGGUCCAAGGUUAGAGUCACAUCCUUGACAACUUAAAAAAAAAAACUAUUAGGAAAUUAAUAUUAGCCUUUUUCAUUCUGACUGAAAGAAAAUUAUUAAAGGAUUAGUUGUGCGUGAAAUUAAAUAGUAUUUUGCUUCUGCAUACUGAAGAAGUGGGCUGGGGACUUGGCACAUUUAACAAGUUCCCUGAAAGGUUUCGAUUUGGAGAAAAAAAAGAAUUCAGCAUUUCCUUUGCGAUUCUGAUUUCGUCACUUGCUGCAUGGAUCCGAUGGCGUAGGUUAGUGUCUGGUUUGGGAAUCCCAAUGAAAUAACUUUCAAACGAUUUGUACCCAUGGUUAAAGGUGGAAUGAGACCCAAUUCCCCCCCAGUCCUUCAGUUUAAGCUCAUAAAUUGUAGGUGAAUGUGGAAUGAAAUCAUCUGUGAUAUAUUAUGUUCAUUUUCCAAAUGAGCUCUUUUGAUGUUGCCUGUUUUUAUGUAAAACAUGUUCUUAAACUAAUAAAGUAAUAUCUCUUGGUGUA